CCAUUCACACGACUGAUUCUCUCCCAGCUGACCUAAGGAGUAUCUCUGAUUCCACCCAGUGAUUUUUUAAACCGGGACCAUGAUGAUCCCAAGCGUCCUCGCGCCUCCAGCCUUCUACCCGGGUCUGUACCGGCCGGCUCUGCCGCUGCACCACGCGCUGCCCUCUGGCUUCUCCAGCCACUCCAGCUUUCUAGUGGAGGACCUGUUGCGGAUAAGCCGCCCCACAGCCUUCGUUAACCGGACUGUCCCGUCAAUGUGCGCCUCCCUGCCCACAGCCACCACCACCCUGUCCUUCAGCAGCGCGCAUGCAGAGCGCGCAUUGGCCACGACCGCGUUGACGCGCGAAUCGUGCUCGCCUAAAAUGUCGAGCAGCAAAGACCCAACUUUUCUCAAGUUUGGCGUGAGCGCCAUCCUCGCACCUUCACCAAAGACAGUGUCCUCACAUCCUGCAUUCCACAGCCAGCACUCCAAGAGCUUCCCCUUCCCCUACUUUGAUGGGACCUUUCACCCCAUAUUCAGGACUCCUUAUUUACCAGUAUCUUCAUCCGUUAUUCCCAUUCCCGGGACCUUUUCGUGGCCCCUGGCCGCUAGAGGUAAACCCCGGAGAGGAAUGCUGAGGAGGGCGGUGUUCUCCGAUGUGCAGCGCAAAGCUUUGGAGAAAAUGUUCCAGAAACAGAAAUAUAUCAGCAAGCCGGACAGGAAGAAGCUGGCAUCGAAGCUGGGCCUGAAAGACUCACAGGUGAAAAUCUGGUUCCAGAACCGGCGUAUGAAGUGGAGGAACUCCAAGGAGAGAGAGCUGCUGUCCUCCGGGGGCUGUCGCGAGCAGACCCUGCCCACCAAAGCCAACCCGCACCCGGACCUUAGUGACGUAGGCAAGAAGUCCUCAGCCGAGGAAGAUGAGGAAGAAGAGUUUGCAAGAGAGAGAACGAUUGCAGGGUCCAGCAUCUCCUCUCCAUCUUUUUCCAGCAAGCACUCGGACUUCUCAAUGUCAGACGACGAAGAAAUAACAGUAUCUUAAUUUAUUUUAAAUAUAGAGAAUAUAACCCCUGUUUUGUUUUCAUAUGAGACUGUGACCACAUCUGUAAGAAGCUGCCGGCCUUGAAGGGGACCCCAUAGAUGUCAUUGUUAAAAAAACAAAAAACAAUCGUGUUUGUUGCUUCAGGUGCACUGCAGGAUCCACUUCUUAGACACAAUUUGCUGUUUUGCACAGCUUUGUUCAAUUGUACAGUAUUUUGUACAAUUUUGUAUGGACAUUUUAUGCCAAGAAUAUUGAGUUCCUUUUACCUUGACCUUGAAUAGAGUUGUUUAUUGAAAAUGUAGCUAUUUCGUUAAUAAUUUAUAUGAAUUUUUUUAAUAAGUAUGUUGUAUUAUGUGCUGUAUAUAUGUUUAUUUCGCACGUUUUGUACAAAUACCAAAUAAAAUUGUGAACA